AAAGAAGUUGUAUGUCAAUUUGGGGUUGGGAAAUUUGGUCUUGAAACGGAAAGAAGUUGUGUGUCAAUUUAGGAUUGGGAAAUUUGGUGAGGUCUGCGAGUAGUCUUGGCGGUCAAUGCCAAAUUCUAAAAAUAGCAGGGACUAGCUAUUAUUGAUUCUCACAUGUGUCGUGCGUAUAUAGAAGCAGCUGGCACCCAAACACACUGCAAUUUCGGGUAGGAAUCUAAACGCAUUUCUCUGGCAGUCUCUCUUUGGAGAAACAAAUUCUUCUCUUUCUCUGAAAGCGACAAUGGCUGCUGCAACUUUCCUAUCACAAUCCUCUCUCCUUCAAUCGAAAUCCUCUUUUUCUCUCAAAACGCUUCAGAACCCUCCUCUAUCUCGCGCCUUUGCUCUCUCUCGACCAUUAAAAUUGAGUUUUGUGGCCAAGAGGGAAAAUGGGUUUGCUGCAAAAGGUACAGUGGCUGUCACAGAAUCGAAUUCGUUCUCCGUGGCUUCAAAUAGUAGGGAGAUGAAGAACCCCAUUAUUGUCAUUGAUAAUUAUGAUAGCUUCACUUAUAAUCUCUGCCAGUACAUGGGAGAGUUGGGUUGCCAUUUUGAGGUUUAUCGAAAUGAUGAGUUAACUGUGGAAGAGUUAAAAAGGAAAAAUCCAAGAGGGGUGCUUAUCUCCCCAGGACCAGGCACACCGCAAGAUUCUGGAAUAUCACUGCAGACUGUCUUGGAGCUUGGACCUCUUGUUCCUUUAUUUGGUGUGUGUAUGGGACUGCAAUGUAUUGGAGAGGCUUUUGGAGGGAAGAUUGUGCGUUCUCCUUAUGGUGUCGUGCAUGGGAAAAGUUCUCCUGUGUAUUAUGAUGAGAAAGGGGAAGAUGGCUUGUUUUCUGGGUUAGAAAACCCUUUCACUGCUGGGAGAUAUCAUAGCCUUGUGAUAGAAAAGGACAGUUUCCCGAGCGAAGAACUCGAGAUUACAGCAUGGACAGAAGAUGGACUAAUAAUGGCUGCUCGACACAAAAAAUAUAAGCAUCUUCAGGGGGUGCAGUUCCAUCCAGAAAGCAUUAUAACAUCGGAAGGCAAGAGUAUCGUCCGCAAUUUCGUGAAAAUGAUAGAGAGAAAAGAGGCUGAAUCUCAGAACUAGUAUAAUGUCAUCCAAUAAAUAGAAAAAUAGGGAGGAAAGUUUAAUCUUUGUCCUGAUACUUCUCUUUACCCUGUGUGUCAAUGUUUUGCAACUUUUAAGUCUCAUAUAAUUUCUAUAAUUUUCAGUUUUCAGUUGAGACUAUUUGUGGAGCUUUUUCUUUAUGGUUAGAUUUGUGAAGACAGAGCUUAUUAUUAGCUGUUGAAAGUUGAUUUUCAACUGCUGACA